UGCUCUUAUUCGAUAGGUUGCCGAAGAUUUUGAUAUCUUUGGUUAAACCUUGAAUUGUGUGUCAUUUAUUUAUUUUUUGGUUAGCUGGUUAGUGUGGUUAUUGUCAUCAGCAUUUGCUGAUGUUGUUUGUCACUCAUUGGAAGCCAGCGAUUUUUGUCAACUGCAGGCUUGCACUGUUGUUUUGUACAACAUUGUAUGUCCAUAUUUUACUUCUAAUCAUCAAGGUUCUUGGUGUGUUAUUUUUUGAGUUGUCUGUGUCGUCCUGGCGGUUUAUCAUUCCAAUGUUUGUACAUUGUCUUGCUGGAUACUGACGUUAUUCUUCAAUUUUGGAUCUUCAUCUUGUUUACAUUAAAGUUCAUCACGUUAUUUAAGUGUAGGUUUACUUGGAUUCUUUACAUAUCUCUAUUGUGUGCGCGUUCUUCUAUGUUCUUUUGAGAUAUUCUUUCGGAUUCGUCAUUUCCAGUUUUUCUUAUGUCCAUAGACUUGUCCUAAAAAUACACGAGUCUAUUAUUUGUCGUCUCUAUUGUUAUAUUGCUUGUGGACGUGUUUAGGUGUUUUGUGCAACUCACCUUCGGAUUGAACCACAUUUUUUUUACAUUUAUCAUGCUUUACGUGUUUUAUCACUAUGGAUCGUUUUUCUAAGCGUCCCCCUAAAAAGGGUGGUUUUACAAAAUCUUCGUCAUCUUCUUCAUCAUCAUCUUCUGUAAAGGGUAGUUCUCCAGUGGCUCACUCUGGUUCUGAUUCUCUCGUCGGCAGAAAAAUGCACGCCGCAGUAGACUCCGCUGAAAAUAAGCGUGGUAAUCGUGGUCGUACAUACGGGAAGUCAGGUUACAAUGAUUACCGUGACAAGUUGGGAGGUUCUAGCAACGGCAAGUUGAAUAAAUCCGUUUCGGAAGACUAUUCUCCAAAGUCUUCACAUCCCCCGAUGUAUAAUAAGCAUCCUAACAACACAGGUGGUCGUAUUUCAAUGGAUUCUACGGGUCAUUCUCGUCCUGAAGCCGUGACAUCAUCUGAGUCUGGAGGUAAUAUACCUGGAUCACAUCCCAAGUCAUCUUCUGAUGUGGUAGAUUCAAAGGUAUCACCUUCUCGUGAAAUGGGCGUUAAGGAAUCAGUAGUUCCACCUCGUGACGUGGCUGUUAAAGACUCAGUAGUUCCUCCUCGUUCUUAUGGCAUGGUUGCUAAGGGUAUUGCCCCUGGAAAAGACUCUCAACCACAAAACGCUCGUCAAGAACCUGCUGUGGUAGUAGAUAAUCCUGGGAAAGUUCCUUAUGAUGGAGUGGCUGAACCUGUUCCUCAUUAUGAACCUCGUCCUGCUAGAUCCGGUCAUGCACAUCGUUCUGGAAAAUCUGGCAAAGGUUACAAUCACCAUGGAUAUAAGAAUCAUCCAGUUCCUGAGGAUCGUUUGAAUGUAGUUGACAGGCCUGUUCAGAUGCCUCGUAGGUUUGAGAUGGGUCCUGAUGUUCAGGGUGCAUAUGAUCCAUCAUUUUACAACCAUGAUCGUGUACCUCGUACUGAUGUGAAAUUUGAGCGUCAUUCAGGUGUAUCAUCUGUUGUUGAUGGUCGUUACAUUGGAUAUAGUUACCCUAAGCACCGUCAUUCUCCUCGUUAUAACCAUGUUAUGGGUGACACAUCACCAUUUUCUAUACCUUCUAGUGUUGAGGGUGUAAAUGGUCAUUUCGAGAAUGAUGUUCGUGAGGAAGAUUAUAAUCGUGGUCCUAUGAAUAUGGGUGUUGCCAUGCCUCCAUAUUCGGGUAAUAUGGCUGGUCCUGGUAUUCCAAUGCAAGGUGUGAUGCCAGGCAUGCCACCUGUAUCUAUGGGCCCAUAUGUUGGUCCUCGUUGGGGUCCUUCUCCUCCCGCUCCCCCGGCUCCUCCGUUUGUUGUACCUCCAACUUCGGUUUCACCGGUUGCGGCUGGCGGCAUGUUCAUUCCUCCUACUUCAUCGGUUUCUCGUCCUCCGACAUUUCCCGCUCGCAAGAGUUCGGCAUUUCAGAUUCGCAAUCCGGAGACUGGAGAAGUUUUGAAUACGGAUGCCAAGGCUCCCACUAUAGCUCGUCCGAAGAUGCCAAUUCCUGGACCUCGCAAUAUUCCACUUCCUCCUAUGGUUGACGGUUCGGUGCUCCCUCCUCCACCACCUCCUCCAGUUCAGAGGGGCCCACUUCCUCCUAUGGAGGAAUCAGGUUCGGUGGGUCCGAUGCCGGUACCUCUUAUGGUUCCACCUAUGGGCAUGCCUCAUCCCGUCCCUCUCCCUCUUGGACAGGUUGGUCCUGGUAUGGGAGUACCUCCAAAUGUUCAGGGUGUUGGUGCUAUGUAUCCUCAAUCCUACGCUCAGGGUGGAGGUGCUCCUGGCUUCGCUCCAAUGGCUCCCAUGAUGUACACACAAAGUCCACCAUCUUCUGUUACACCCGAUCGUUGUGAAGAUGAGGAUGGUGUUACUGAGCAACUACCUUCUAUGGUUUCUGCACCACCUCAGGAUGACAGUGUGAAGGCUUCUGCAAUUCCUGUUAAUGCUCCAAUUGUUCCUCCUGAGCCUGAGGGUCGCACAGGUCGUCACCGUGUUCAGAACAAGGCUGUUGAGGUUAAUGACCAGACUGUUGAUCUUUCUGUUCGUCAUCCCAUGUGUGACACUGUUGCUCGUUCUGCAGUUCGUGGUCGUAUUUCUAGUCGUCGUGUGGAUAAUACCGAUUUCGGCAUUCCUCCUAAGGCUGGUACUCCGGAACCUACUCCUGAAGUUCCUGAUGACGACAGCAGCAAGCCUUUGGACACCGUGGAUGUUGAACAAGUAGUAGACGAAGCUGUUGAGCCCAGUGAGGAAUUGACUACUCCCGAGACUGAAGAGACCAAUGACAUUGAUCUUGAACCAGGUGAAUCCCGUGACGUUGUGCGUGCCCCUUUCGAUGGCUACCGCCUUGCUACUGAGACCCUUGUAAUUCUUCCAGAUGAAUCGGAUGAUGAAUCUGAGGAUUCCCCGGACAAGAAGUCUCCUCGUUCUCCGAGGGUGUUACCAGAUCCGGGUAUUUUAAGUCCAAUGGACCUUCAGGGCAUUUGCUAUAGUGAGACGUUUAAAAACAAACCCAUUCCAUCUGAUUUCAUUCCUAUAUACCAUAGGGAUGUUGUACUGGGAUAUGCCUUUGUUUCUUCUUUACAUUUGAGGAAGACCUUUUUAGGUUUCAAGCUUGUACCGGCUACUUGUAAUCUAGAAACCAGCAGCUCUCGUGAAUCUCGUUCUAAAUCCUAUGGUCACGGUUCGUAUUCUCAACAAUCUUCCUUUUCUGGUAGUUCAUCUAGUGGUCAGCGCAAUAAGUUAUUUGAGCGCUCCAAGUCUGACCAAAAGUGGCGUCGUGAGGCCAAGCCUGAGCAGCCUCGCGUUUCACCCUUUAAGCGCGGCGAAAUCAGUCGUGAGGAGCAGUUUAAGCGCACUGUUCGUGGUUUGUUGAACAAGUUAACUGUUGAGAAGUUCCUGACUGUUGCUGAGAAUUUGGCUGUUUUAUAUGAAAAGCUGACUCACGAGGAAGACGUUGAUGCUAUGGCUGACCUUAUUAUUGACAAGAGUGUUUCUGAGUUAGAUUACAGUGACGUUUAUGCUGAUCUUGCUUACUUGAUUAGCUGUCGUUUCAAUGACAACUUUGACGUUGGCAGCAAGAACACUUUAUUCUACCGUGUAUUGCUGAACAAGUUGCAGGAUUCUUUUGAUGCUCUUAGCAAUGUUACCAUGACUGCUAGCCUACUUGCUUCUGAUAAUGGCGCCAGUGUCGACAAGCCUGACAAGGCGUUGGAAGGAGAGGUUGACACCGAGAAGGACACUGAAAAGGACGCUGAAAAGGACGCUGAAAAAGACACUGAAAAGGACACUGAGAAGGACGCCGAGAAGGACGCCGAGAAGGACGCCGAGAAGGAUGCUGAAAAGGACACCGAGACUCCUUCCGUCAACAUCCCUCGCAACCGUACUAAGAAGUGGGUACUGGGUAACAUUCGUUUUAUGGGCGAGUUAUUCCUUCGUAAGGUUAUAUCUGUUGGGAUCUUGAAGCGCAUUGUUUGCACCUUGUUACAGAUGGACUCCGAUGGAUCUCAUAUUCCUUGUGAGUAUUUGGUGGAGAGUUUCUUGGAGUUGAUUACUACUAUUGGUUACACUCUUGAGCAGAUGCCUCAUGGUCCUGACAUGUUGAAUGACUAUAUGGGCCACUUGACCAACUUAAAGAAGAAUGGCAACUACAGUUUGCGUAUAGUUUAUAAGAUCCAGGACCUGAUAGACCUUCGUGCUAAGAAUUGGGUAAAGAAAGUAUUUAAGGAGCGUGCUACUUCCGUUGCUGACAUUCACCUUGAGGCCAAGCAAGAGGAGUUGAAGGGCGGUUCUAUUCACUUGAACCAGGAGGGCAAAUUCACUACUGCUGGUCGUCAGGCUCGUCGUCACUACAGCGACUAUUUGAUGAACCAGCGUCAGUUAGCUCUUUCUAAAAUGGUUAAUGGUGUGUAUGUUGCACAGGACAAGUCUCCUGAUGAGCCUGUUCCCGAGCCAUCUACGGCUCCUGAAACCUCGGUUUCAUGUGACCCCGUGUCUCCGGUUCUCGAGAGUUCUUCUAGUUCCGAGUUCCCUAAAUCCGCUCUUAAAUCAGACCCUAAUAAGAAGCAUCCCGGUGGUGUUCGUUUUGCUGAUAAAGAGCCUAGAUCCCCUGCUGACGAUGUGAUGGAUGUAUUUAAGCAUGAUCCUCCUCAUGAUCGUUUUACGGUUGAGUGGAACCAGUUGGAGAUGUCUCAUUCUGACUGUCUUGAGGCUCUUAGUAAGAUGAUUGAUAAGUGUCUCAAUGCGGUGAGUGUGUCAAAGGCUGAGAUUCGUGGUGACUUGAUUGCGUAUACUAUUGGCCGCUUAUUACCUAGCUCUCGAUGUAAGAUCGAAGCGUUUAGUAUCUUCGAGACUACUUGUUUAGUUCGUCUUCAGGAUGAGGUUCUUGACAACCCUGGUGCAGUUUCGUUGUUUGCUCGGAUAUUGUAUAAGGUUCUGGAUUACUUUUAUAAGCAGCCUGACAUAUCAUUAGAGCGCAUCAAUUUACCUCCCGAGUUUGACUUAGCUCGUGACCUGGCUGUUCGUGUAUUGGAUAGCAUGAAGGACAGUGAAGACAGUUUGCAUUACGCUCGUGGUCUGUUAGUUUCAAGCUUUGCUUGUUUUGAGGACCAUGACCUAUCCUUUUUGGACGCUUAGUCUUGUUGUAUACACUAUUGAAAGUGUAUUUAUUUUUGAC